AUGCUGAACCGGGAUGUGCUGUGGGGCUUAAGCCCUGCUGCAAUAGGCUCAUGUAAAUAUUGUAACAGAGAGUACACCCCUGAAGUUGCAGAUAAGCUCAUCCUUCUUAGUACGCUGGUUUCUUGCCCCCGUGGCCAACAAGCUGAAGCACAGCUUAUUGCCUCCUUAGGGACCAAGUUAGUAGCGUAUAGAAUCGCCACGCUUCACAAUAAGCUUCGAUCGCUUCAUCUAAAGCAGACUGUCUCAACACUAUCCUCUGAAGAUGAAAGCAAAUUGGGUAGCCUGAUUUUCAAGAUUGGCAUGGAGAAACAGCUGCUUCAAGCCACCCUUGUGACCCUCUUUGAACGGACAGUGACAGAGAUUAUUCAUAGAUACGACUUUAGUUCUAAGACUCUUCCUGUCUUUGGGCUCAAGGUAUUACACGCAGUCGUGGAGAACAUUAAGCACGCAGGCGUUUCCUUGCCCAUUUCCUCUCUUGAUCUUAUGCUAGAGUUGACGAUUCUCUCUAAAGCCUCAGCGCAUGUGGCACUAUUGCCCGUGCUGUUUGACUUUAUCCGCAUCUCGUUCUCCACAAGCCAGCGCGAUAAUUCAGUGCUUCACGAAGUCCAAGCAAAGCUUACAUCACAAUAUGUUGAGCUGCUCCCCUCUUCUCAAAGCUCAAUCAAAUCCUUUGCCAGUACACUAUUUCUUGUACUGGCGGUAGCGGAGGAGCUCCCAUUAGGAGCAUCAGUCUUUUAUUCUCUAACGUCUGUCCUGGACUCGACCAGUUUGGAUAACUUUCUUCAGUCUCUUUCACGAGGCCCCGCUGAGCUCGUUAACAAAGAAACAAUAAGGUGCCUCACUGACUGCAUGCUGCUGAUAGAAGUCAUGGUUCUCAGCAUGCUAUUUUACAUGAAGGAACUUUCGAGCCUAACCUCUCCUCAUGCUGAUGUGCCGCACACCAAGCCUAGCAUUCCGUGCUUCAUUCAGAAAUAUCUACGAGACUGUCGCCAACUAUCUUCCAGAUUUACAUAUUAUGUUCAGAUGGCCAUCCGCGGAAUGACAGACAAUCCACACAUCUUUAGAUACGUGAAUACAGAGGAACACGUUGAUUUGUCAUCGGGCAAGAUACACGUCAGCGAGCCAGAGGAUACAACUACCAACUUAUAUAGCGAUCUGUGUGCUGGAGUUUUCAGUGAGCAUGGAUUUAUUUCCAGCCGAGACAUCUACCACAUUGCAUCCUGGUCCUUUGUCAUCUCCUCUGCUGAGCUCUUUUGGAGUACCUCUCAGCUGAUAAGCAGUCAAUCGUUGAGCCUAGUUAAGACACACAUGCUCACUAAAGACAUCACCACAAUGGUAUGUACCCUUGCACCAAUAUUCCACAAAGAAGUUAUCGGUUCGUGCAGGACAUCAUUUCAAAGCCUAAUUGCACAUUUGGCUAGACACCCAUGCAACCACCAAGAAGCGGAAUCAUCUCGUAUUGUUCUAACCGCUAUCAACAGAACUCUUCUCAGCUUGAUAGGAAGCCAACAGGUACCUAUUUCCCGCGGCGGAGGCUCUCUACCAUCACUUAUUUUGAGCUAUGUUAACGGUAUUGUCUCACAACUUCAGCAAAAGUAUGCCUCCAACGAUAUAAUAGCUUACGAGUUUCUUGCGCAGAGCACCCUUGCUCCAGAUAGCGUCGACAACAGCUUUGCCUCCAAAUCACCGAAUGACCCUGUAGCUACCAGAGAGGAUAAGGGACAUAGACAACGUGCGCUUCGUGGACAAGGACCCAACUUGCUCCAGGAAGAUUGGUAUCUGUAUUUGAACAAAUCGGUAGGUAGUAUUCUCAACGCUCUCUUGCGGAACCUGGCCACUCUCAGGCUAUUAGGACAUGAAUCAGAUCUUCGGUCUGGGCUUCACUCCAUGCUUGUUCUCCACGUAUUGUUGUUGGAGGCCACUACGCCAUUUGAGUUCAGAAUUUUCUCUAGAAUAGCAGGGGAAGUAAUUGUGCUGUUAGAAAGAUAUGGAUCUAAGCACUACUUAUUUAGAUGCGCGGCAUUCUCUGCACUGAUGGGACUCGCAACGAGGGUUGCCAGGCAAACAUCGAAACACCAGAAGCGGUACCACAUCGAGGAUCUCUUUCUUAGCAGAGUAUUCCGUAGCAGUACAUACAUAGUGAGGUCAGAUCCUGGGCUCUUCGCCCUUCUUCAAAUUCUUGCUAGCUGUGCUCCUUCACACACAACGGCCUCCUUUUUGCGAUCCUCUCACCCACACGUACUAUCCACAGUCAUUACAUGUCUUUCUUCUCCAAAUAUUCACCUUCGUGUUUCAGCUGCACGGGCCACAUCGCCCAUUUUCGGCACGGGAUCCAGCGCCCUGUCAUGCCUCUUCACUGAACUGGAGUCUGUGCGAUCCAUAACUCUCAAUAGUUUGCAUGGAAUCAUCUUUGCGUGCCGUGUGCUCAUUCGGCCCUACACACCUUUUAAAGAGGGUAGGGGCUAUCCCCUGUUGGAUUCCAUUAAAGUAAUAGCAAGUGCAAGCGAGCUGGCAGCAUGUAGAUCAGUGAUAGAAGCCUUUCUUUCUCAAUAUGCAACGGGGCUACAAGUCCUAGCAAACGCCAAACUGUGCAUCUCUGAACUGAAUGGAAUAAUCGCUGACCUCGCCUAA